CUGCAAGGACUUGUGCAAUCGUGCGGCCCUAGUCCUUAUUGAUCUUCCAACACCCAUCUUCCAACUCCUCCUUUGACGAACAAUACCCCGUAGUUCCAAGGCCGGGUCACUACACAAAAACAGAAGCAGCCUGAACUAUCUCCGCCGCCUCGCGGCACGUCACACAGACUGUUGGACUCGUGUCGCGGACGUGGAGGGCGUGAGGAACGCGUCGAGAAGAGACAUCCUGGAGACCAGAUGGGCGACAUUGCUCGCAUCGCAAAGGCCGAUGUCCAUCGCAUCACAAGCGGCCAGGUAGUCUUGGACGUUCAGACAGCCGUCAAGGAGCUGAUCGAGAACGCUCUCGAUGCGGGGGCCACGAGCAUAGAGGUCCGCUUCAAGGAGCACGGCAGCGAAAGCAUUGAGGUCAUCGACAACGGUAGCGGAAUCGCUCCAAGCAACUAUGAGAGUCUCGCCUUAAAGCACUACACCUCGAAAUUGACGACAUUUGACGACCUUACCAACGUCGAGACAUAUGGCUUUCGCGGCGAGGCGCUCUCGUCACUGUGCGCUCUUGCAGAGGUCCAGAUGCAUACCGCCACAGCGACAGAGGCGCCCACGGGUACCAUUCUCGACUUCGACCAUGCAGGUCAUGUCAAGGCGAGAGAUAAGAAAGUGGCCCGACAGAGAGGAACCACAGUCACCGUAGAGAAUCUCUUCCAUUCGCUGCCGGUGCGGAGGAGAGAGCUGCUCAAGAACAUCAAGCGCGAGUACACAAAGGCACAGACGCUGUUGCAGGCCUACGCCGUCAUCACAAAAGGCGUGCGAUGGAUGGUCAGCAACUCAAUCAAGGGCCGGAAAACACCCGCUCUCACCGUCUCUGCUUCCAGUGGAUCCAAUUACGUCGCAGCCAACGUAGGAGCUGUCUUUGGACCGAAGGCCAUGGCAUCACUUAUCCCUCUGAAUCUCGAGAUUCCACUCAGCGGAUCAGCCUUGAGGCGUGGAAGACAAGGGCCGGAAGAGGUCGAGGAGAGUAAUGCAGAGGACACGGUGUUUGUGCGUGGCCUCAUUUCGAGACCGACUCCGGGAAGCGGACGAUCCUCGUCGGACCGCAUAUUUCUGUACAUCAACGGUCGACCUUGGGAUUCUACCAAGCUGACAAGAAGCUUCACGGAGGUCUAUCGCUCCUUCAACACCAACCAGGCUCCAGUGGUCAUUGCCGACCUCACCUUGGCCAGAGAUCGAUAUGACGUGAACGUCAGUCCGGAUAAACGCACCAUGCUCAUCCACAACGAGGCAGAUCUGGUCGAGGGUCUAAAGACCUGCCUCGAGGAAAGCUUCGCGCCCUCGCGUGCCACUUUCACCCUGGCAGGUGCGACUAGCUCGGCCACCAAGGCCACAGCUGCUCAAUCUCAACUGCCUUUCAAAAGGCAGCAGAUUGAAGGACAGACCUCAUCAGAAUCCGAUGAUAACGAAAGCGAAGAGGCAGUCAAAGUUACUUCUGCGGGAGCUGUCCGUCGUCGAGAAGUUGGCAGCGAUGAGGACGAAAAUAAUGAGGUCAUCCCAAGGCCGAGCAAGCAUCGGCGCCGUGACGAUCACGGAAUGCAUUUCCAAGCUACUUCGUCGCCAAAGACGUCUUCGCCUCGGCCGACAUUCGAGCCAGCGGUCGAGACUGAAGAGGACGUGAUCAUGCACGAUCAGGAAGAAGAGGCGCCCCAAAGGAGCGCACAUGGCUACGUUGAUGCAGUCAUCGACACCACUUCUGCCUCCUGGUCGCCAGAGAAGAAGCGUACGUCAUCACAAGGUGCUCUUUCCUCGUCCGAUCGUACAGCGAACGGUUCACAAUCUUCUCCAUCAGCCUCGAGGAUCCUAGGAAGAGGGGCAACCUCAAGCAGUCGAGAGCUGUCCAAACCGACGGAGUCUCUACGCGAUUAUGCGCUUUCAGGAACCCCUCUCAAAACGCAAGAGGUCAUAGCUUUAGAUGAAGAGGAGGGAGUACGCGAGAUUGCCACCUCAGACCUUGAGUACAGAGAGGACGGAAUCGAGAUGUUCGAACCGACAAGCGCUGAAUUGAGCCAAAGGCAAGAGGAGCAAGAGGAGCAAGAGGAGCAAGAGGAGCAAGAGGAAGCAAGUGUCGAGCGCGAAUCAGGCUCCGAUGAUCAUGUCGUAGAUGACAAGACUGAAAGAGAUCGUGGAAGACAGCACCAAGACUCUCACAAGAGCGAAGACUCCAACAGCCUUGGAGAAGAAGGCGAAGGUGAAACGAAUCGUGAGGAAACGCUCGUCAUGCUAGAUGCGGAGGGUGCUGCCAUCGAACGAAACGAAAGAGGUGCAGCGGAAAGGGCGUGGAAGGAUGAGAUCCUCAGUGUCAACGAGGCUGGUGAAGUCGUCAUGCCGAUCGACAUGGAACGCAUCUCGCUCCAAUGUGCUCGAAUGCUGUCGAAGCAGUCAGCAUCGGCUUUGCAAGGCCAAGGGGAGGCACAGGAAGCCAAUGAAGAAGUCGUGGGCGAGGCAGGCAUUCACCAACGCGACACCGAACGAGCUGAGCGAGAGCUGAGCCGCGUUCUGAGCAAGGCAGAUUUUGCGCAGAUGCAAGUCAUCGGACAAUUUAAUCUGGGAUUUAUCGUUGCCCGCCGAACGAAGAGAGGUACAGACGACGAAGACGCAGAUGAUCUGUUCAUCGUCGAUCAGCACGCGGCCGACGAAAAGUACAACUUUGAGACGUUGCAGGUCGAGAGCAAGAUUCCCACGCAGCCAUUGCUGAGGCCAAAGACGCUGGAAUUGUCGCUGGUGGAUGAAAUGGUGGCGAUGGAGCACGUUGACACGAUCAAAAGCAAGGGAUUUGAGCUUCAAGUCGACGCAGAGGCACCCGCUGGUUCCCGUAUCAAGGUCGUCUCUCAACCGCUAAAGUUGAACGACAAGGACCUUGAGGAGCUCCUCUUCCUCCUGAGAGAAGCUGUACCAGGCGGACCCUUGGCCAUGCGAGCUCAAUGCUCCAAAGUUCGGAGUAUCUUCGCCUCGCGCGCCUGUCGAAAAAGCGUCAUGAUCGGCAUGGCCCUCAACAAACGGCAAAUGACGACAGUGCUUCGGCACAUGGGCACCAUUGACCAGCCCUGGAACUGCCCACACGGGCGGCCAACCUUGCGCCACCUGUGCCAGGUGGCUCCCAUGGGCACGUCAAAGAAUCGAUCAAUCAGCUGGUCGAGGAUCUAAUCUUAUGUAAUAGUAUCUGGGCAUUCUUUUGGCAGAAGUGGUGAUGUAAUCUACAAUCGUUGCAUGUCUACUUGGUCGAGGGACCAUCUUUUGGUUGUGUGUAUCUCCACACGAGGUCGAGCUCCUCCUGCAACGUCUCCUCUCUGAAUCUCAGACGGAUGUCGGGGACGUUUGAUUUGGCCACGUUGUUACCCCGGGGCCCUUUAACAAAGUAGGAGGGACCCAGCCAGUGGCGUACCAGCUCUGUCUCGAAGCCGCUCUGCAGCACCGAGUGUCGAGCGAGCUCACACAUGU